AUGGGGGAUGUGCAGAAGGGGCUGCUCUCCGUCAUCCAGAAGCUGAAGGGAUCCCCAGAGCAGGAGCUCCGCAUCGUCCUGCUGGGGCUGGACAACGCGGGCAAGACCACGCUGCUGAAGCGCCUGGCGUCCGAGGAGGUCAGCACCAUCACCCCCACACAGGGAUUCAACAUCAAGAGCGUGCAGUCCCACGGUUUGAAGCUGAAUGUUUGGGAUAUCGGGGGGCAGCGCUCCAUCCGCCCCUACUGGAAGAAGUACCUGGGCAGCACAGACCUGCUGAUUUACGUCAUUGACAGCGCUGACCAGAAGCGUUUUGAGGAGACGGGGCAGGAGCUGGCAGAGCUCACGGAGGAUGAGUCCCUGACGGGGGUGCCGCUGCUGGUGUUUGCCAACAAGCAGGACCUGGUGACUGCAGCACCUGCAGCUGAAAUCGCAGAGGGGCUGAGCCUGCACACCUACCGGGACCGGGAGUGGCAGAUCCAGGCCUGCUCAGCCCUGUCUGGGGAAGGGGUGCAGGAUGGGAUGAACUGGAUUUCCAGCCAGAUAAUGAACAGGAAGAAGUGA